AUGUCUGUCGAUAUCAAGUCCGAGUCCCAGCGACUCAAUGAGACGAAUGGCAUCAAUCACAUCGACAAUUCACAAGAUCCCUCCACCCCCCAGGACGAAGGGCCCCGUGACUUGGCCCAGACGGCACUGCCUACUACAGAGGUGCCAGCUUCCCCUAUCGACUUGAACCAGUCCUUUCGAACCGAGGUCAACGAUGAUAGGUUAGACAACACAAUCAUCCCAUCGUCGUUGACGCCGCCGCCCUCUACCCAGGUCGAGCCUGUCAAUGGCAACAACUCGCGGUGGACCCUACCGCGAUCACAGCAGUCCAAUCUCGUCUCACCCCCUGCUACCAUUAUGAACAUUCUCAAGGAGAGAGAUUCGGGCUCUGAAUAUGUACUCCCUGAGCCUCAGGAGAUUGCCGAUGCAACCACCGAUGAGCUACGACAUAUGCUCCAGACCUGUGUUGCCGAGCACCAGCGGUUCAAGACGGAGACGGCACAUUAUAGAUUGCAGUACAACCUGCUCCACCUGCAGGCCGAGGACGACGCUGCACGAGCUGAGGUUGAGCACGAGAUGCUUCGGAGGGAGAUUGAUGCUCUCCGCGCCGCAGAGCACUCACGGCAAGCGAAGCGCGAAUUGAGCACCUUCUCAGACACCAUGCAGACCAAGUAUAUGGACAUGAAAGAGCGGUACGAGGCAGCCGUGGGCGAGGCUCACGGGCUCAUGAAACAACUAAAAAAGGCCACCAAGAUUAUCCAGCAGAAGGAGGAGGAGCUGGAUAGCGCAUCGGACGAGCGAGACCAGCUCUUGACCCGCAUCCGCGAGAACCGGGAACACAUGUACAAGCUAUGCAGCCCUGGUGGCAUAUUCCAUGGUGCUCUGACCCCGAAGCAGCACGGGUCACCUUCUCAGCACCGAGUUCAUCGUCACAAUCCCAGGCAGUUGACUACAGAAGAUUCGCGCGGCCUCUCUACCCUUCUUGAAGCUAUGAGCCAAGACAACAAUAGUGCUCCCUCGACUCCGCUCGUGCCCACGCGCUCGAUCGGUGCCCGUCCGGUCGGCCGCCAUCAACGGAAUGCGCAGUCCCUGUCCUCCCUACCUACCACUCCCAUCAGCCGGCCCCGGGGUCCCGGUCUUCUUCCAUCUGCAAGUCUGGUACCCCUGACCGAGCCCCCUAAAUCAUACUCUGUGAGACAUUACCAACCAGCCACACCCACUACCUCAAGACCUGAACGGCGGAAAAGCCGUGAGAGCACCAUUUCUGUCGACGGGGAGGACACAGAGGAGCUGGCCCGCCAAGCUUUGAGAGUGAGCCAGGCCAGCCGGUCUUUUGAUUUACCGCCACAAAGCAACGGCUCUCAACGAAGCCACGAGGGCCAUGAUCCGGACGUGUUUGACAGCGAAGCCAGCCAGGCAGCGACAGAGAUGCUACGUCGUGAUCCCAGACAGAGUUUCGAGGUGAGGACCUCACAGGAAUCUCAGGGGCCGGAACGUGUCCAUGGAGCCGUCGAGCGGUCAUCUGGCGUGAUGCAAGCAAAGCUACUGGCAGAUAUGCACAGCGGCGUCGAGAAGCGCAAGUUUAACGGUUCGUACAGCGGCUCACAGGAUGAGAUCCAGCGCGAGCAGGGCAGUCCUCCCAAAAAGACGAGGGUGGACGGCCCAAAGGAGCCACGGUUCGGGCUGGGAAUACAGUACAGUCGGUGA